GAUGACGUCACGCGCGACACGCCAGCCCGGGCAGCUAGAGCAAAGGCCGCUCACUGGAGCAGGUGGGUUGGUCCUAGCUAGCGCUUCCCUCAGGUGUAGACCGCUGGGCAUGGGCCUCCCGAGGCUUCGCCAUGAGCUUCCUGAUCGACUCCAGCAUCAUGAUCACCUCUCAGAUACUGUUUUUUGGAUUCGGGUGGCUUUUCUUCAUGCGCCAAUUGUUUAAGGACUACGAGGUGCGGCAGUACGUGGUGCAGGUGGUCUUCUCCGUGACUUUCGCCUUUUCCUGCACCAUGUUCGAGCUUAUCAUCUUUGAAAUCUUGGGAGUUCUGAACAGCAGCUCCCGUUAUUUUCACUGGAAAAUGAAUUUGUGUGUAAUUCUGCUCAUCCUGGUUUUCAUGGUGCCUUUCUACAUUGGUUACUUUGUCGUGAGUAACAUCCAACUGUUGCACAAGCAGCGCCUGCUCUUUUCCUGUCUCGUAUGGCUGACCUUUAUGUACUUCUUCUGGAAGCUGGGAGACCCCUUUCCCAUCCUCAGCCCAAAGCAUGGAAUCUUGUCCAUAGAGCAGCUCAUCAGCCGGGUAGGCGUGAUCGGGGUGACGCUCAUGGCUCUGCUUUCCGGAUUUGGUGCUGUCAACUGCCCGUACACAUACAUGUCCUACUUCCUCAGAAAUGUGACUGACACGGAUAUCCUUGCACUGGAGCGGCGACUGCUGCAGACCAUGGACAUGAUUGUAAGCAAAAAGAAAAGGAUGGCCAUGGCACGGAGAACCAUGUUCCAGCGAGGGGAGGUGCAGAACAAGCCGUCAGGAAUCUGGGGCAUGCUCAAGAGCGUUACUGCAUCAGCCCCAGGAAGCGAAAAUCUGACUCUUAUCCAACAGGAAGUAGAUGCUUUGGAAGAACUAAGCAGACAGCUUUUUCUGGAAACAGCUGAUCUGUAUGCUACUAAGGAAAGAAUUGAAUACUCCAAAACAUUCAAGGGGAAAUAUUUUAACUUCCUGGGUUACUUUUUCUCUAUUUACUGUGUCUGGAAAAUUUUCAUGGCAACCAUCAAUAUUGUUCUUGAUCGAGUUGGGAAAACUGACCCUGUCACCAGAGGCAUUGAGAUCACCGUGAAUUACCUGGGGAUCCAGUUUGAUGUGAAGUUCUGGUCUCAACAUAUUUCCUUCAUUCUGGUUGGGAUAAUCAUUGUCACAUCCAUCAGAGGGCUGCUCAUCACUCUCACCAAGUUCUUUUAUGCCAUCUCCAGCAGCAAGUCCUCCAAUGUCAUUGUCCUGCUGUUAGCACAGAUAAUGGGAAUGUACUUCGUGUCCUCCGUGCUGCUGAUCCGAAUGAGCAUGCCCCCUGAAUACCGCACCAUAAUCACAGAGGUCCUGGGAGAGCUCCAGUUCAAUUUCUAUCACCGCUGGUUCGAUGUCAUCUUCCUGGUCAGCGCCCUCUCCAGCAUACUGUUCCUGUAUCUGGCUCACAAACAGGCCCCAGAGAAACAUGUGGCCCCCUGAGCACAGAGCCACUGUAGGCGCCAUAAAGACCCAGUGGGAAUGCCAGGACCCAGACGUAGCCAUGGAGGUCUGCUCUGUCUCUAGCACAUGCCUUCUUCCUGAGACACUGCAGUCAGGAGCAGCUUCAACUAAGGCACCAGAGGAGAAAACGCGCAGCAUUCAGCAGGGAGCACGUGUGGUUCAGACUGUGCGGAAUGAGGUGAGGGGCAGGGCAGGAUGAGACCCUGGAGCUUCUCAGCAGACAGCUUCCCUUGAAAAAUGUCAGUGAAAUCAGCGUCUGUGGCACUCUCGCCUCGAGUUCACUUCUCGAGAGCCACUUCAAGUUAUGCCACUGUGGUCUGUGAAAUGCUUCCCCCAUCCUAAAAAUAACCAAAGGGUUGUCUGUUCUUUUCUGGGGAAGGGAUAGGCAACUGAAAUAGAUUUUACCGGAAGAGGUUUUAGGUAUGCCAAUUUUUAUUUUCUUUUAAAUUAGUGAAGAGGGAGUGUCCUGCAGUCCCGGGGUCACUAUGUGGCCUUCCCCUGUUCUGAAACAUGAGCUUUCCAUCAAUAAAAGGAAGGUGUGGAUUUUUUUUUAAAUACUCAAAUUCAACACAAGAAAAUUAUGACGUA